AUGACACUACAUUCCCAGGGCACCGCCGGGGAGGUGCGAGCUAUUGAGUGCCCAGCUAGACAGAUGGUUGAAGAGUUGCCUAUAGAUAGUGCUAGUUCCCCAGUGCCGCCAUGUAACACUGAAAACGUGCCGUAUCCUAUUUCCACUGAACAUGGGGGUGAAUCAGGGGACGGAAGCGGAACAUCCGUUGGCCAAUUCCCGACUGCAGGCAGUCCUACAUCUCAGAACGUUAUAGGUUCGGAAAGUAUUGCUGGUCCAUCCCAGAAGACGCCAGCUUCCCCCAACGAACGCACCAUUGGUUCUCGAUUACGCCCUGGAAGUACUUCCAGAUUACCAGUGCCUUGCCCUCGCAAGACGCAAGCGCAGGGUAGGGGUACAUCGAGUACCAUCAAGAAGGCAACCGAAGAUAAUGUACACAUCUCGUCUGGUCCCCAAAGCACUGAUGCAUUGGCUUCAGCGACGAAUACACGACCAUCAUCAGAGACAGCAUCAACUAGAUCGCGACCAUGGUCUAAGAGUACUAGCAAUGAGCCUUCACAUUGGAUUAGCAAUAUCGCUAGAAUUAAAGCUUUAGGCGCUUUUGAUCGCGAACAAUGGAUCCGCAAACCUGUAUCUCGUGUCCGGCCAAAUAAAGGUGGUGAGGGUGGGAGCGACCGCAAUAGCGAAUUGUCUACAGCUAACACCAGUAAAGUGUAUGAAUCGUCAGAUUUCGCCUCUUCUAAUGUUUGUCAAACUGCGCCCGCGUCGUCGUACGAAGACGCAGGAAAUACUCUUGAUGACGAGAAGCAAGAAUGCACAGUCAGUGAAGGGCAAGGCCAGGGUAGUAAAAUUACGGCACUUCCUGUCAGGGAUUUGACUUCAGACGCACCUGAUAAGUCGUUGAAGGCUACUGAAGCGACUCCUGGUAUUGGUAAAAUUUCAGCUAGUGCUUCAGAUACGACGCAUCCCCGCACCAUUGGCACCUCCUUUAAUAUUAGGUCAGGAGCGUCGACGUAUUCAACAGGUUCUUCCGGACUUCCGAUUCCACGUGACAUGCAUUACCUAUCUACAGUAGACGGAUGUUUGUCAUUGCAUAAAGAACCUCUGGAUUAUACGGAAGGUAUUUUGCUUGGCGUUCCCACGUCUCCUGUAGGUUCAGCAUCAGACGCCGGUUCUUAUCGAGGUAUAGAUGAGUUGGAUACACCAAUUGGCGGUAUACAUCGCGGCCACAAGUCCGGAAAGUGCCCUUCUGAUUUUUCGUUUUAUUCACCAAACGCCGGCCAAGUUUUGGACAAAUUAAUCACUCGAUGCGGCCUUCAAGAGUCUUUCGAGGUAUACUCGAAUGAGCGUUUCAAGUCCUUGGAAUCAUCUGUGAAAAGGACACUUCGCGAUCUAGAUGCGAUAGAACACUUUCGCGACGAGGGUCACGCCUACGACGUCGAUGAAGGUUUGGUAGCGGACAUCGUGGAUUGUCACGACCCCGGUCCCUAUGAAACAUAUGUACCUCUGGACCUGGCUCUUCAGACGAGCGAUGGUUUUAUUCCCGUUACUUUUGAAAAUGGAAGUAACGGUGACAUCCGUGCUGCUCACCGCAUGUAUGGGGGAUGGUUCGAGCCUCAGGCAAUGGUUGUUUUGCGCAGUUCCAAUGCUUUCUACCGCGAUGUUGGCUGGACUCUAUCUAGCAACACUGAUAACAAUGGCGAACCCUAUAGUCCAACAACAGAAGAGGAGGUGUGUCGUGUGUCUUGCUCUCUGGACAAAGAGGAUUCCUACCUGGAUGCCACAACAUCGGGGACAGCGCAGCGUUUCCCGCUUUGGUAUUACGUGUACCUGAAAACAGGUGUGAGUAUAGGGAUAGGGGCAUCCGGAACUACUUUCCUCAAGCUAUUUCACGCGUUUGAUAUUUACACGCAGCCUUUUGUACAUCGCCAUGACGCAAUGUACGCCACCACUGAGGCCAAAGCUUCAGCUGUCGCCACAAAACUAGAGGCUAGUGUGCCAGUGUCUUCCAACGAUUCGAUAGACCUUUUGAGGAGGACUUCUACGCUUGUUUCAGUGUCUUCCAGUGACGCAGUGUCCACGUUCCAGGAUGCAUACACAAAUCUGUUGGAGUCUCUUGAUGACAUAUUUUCAGGCGACAAAAUUCGUGGUGUACCUUUAUUUGUGAAAACUCGUAGCCGUGUAUUUAGUAUUUUGGUUACAUUUUUGUGUUUGAAUAUUUUGUUAACACUUUUGUCUGUGGUAUCGAUUUGUUUCAUGGUAACAAAGUCGGAGUUUUUGGCUGCUACACGUUCGAGGGUGUCGCCAUACAAGUUGCUUAAGGAUAUGUGUCCAUGGCCGAGGUGUAUAAGGAGGCGAUUACCUUAA